AUGGCGGCCUUUAUCAAAGCAGUGAACGCGAAGAUUCGCUCAAACCCGACCACCAACUACCUCUGUUCCACACAUUUCUGGGGUCCGGCUUCAAAUUUUGGUAUUCCCGUUGCUGCUGUGAUGGAUACGCAAAAGAGUCCCGAACUGAUCUCCGGCCAAAUGACUGGCGCCCUCACCAUCUACUCCGCAACUUUCAUGCGCUAUGCACUCGCUGUCCAACCCAAGAACUACCUCCUCUUCCUCUGCCACUUUGUCAAUGAGGGCGCGCAGCUCACACAGGGAUACCGGUGGAUGCAGUACCACAAGUGGGGAGGUAAGGAGGAGGCUGCGAAGCAACAGGCGGCGAGCGGGGUCAAGGCUGUUGUUGGGAAGGUAGAGGCUGAGGCGGGAAAGUUGGCGGAGAAGGCGAAGGGUGUUGUGGGAAAGUAG